UUAUUAACAGUGCUAUUGUGUUGCAGGCUAUCACCAUAGAAAUAAAACAUGAAGAUAACCUGACACAGGAAAAUGGAGUAUAUAUUCAGGUUGCUUUGCUAUGUACAUCAUGCGGGGGUCAGAGACACACCCGCAUUUUCAAUCUGGCACUGGAUACCUGCAUUCAGUUGCCAGAUGUAUACAAAAGUUUAGACCUACAUAGCACAAUCAACCUAAUUGCUAAACAAACUGUAUUUCGACUGUUGUCGUCAUCACGAGAUGCAGUCAAAAAAGAACUGGUAAGUCAGUGUGUACAGAUGCUGGCUUAUCACAGGCAGUGGUGUGAGGGUCCAGCUUCAGGACGGCUGGUCUUGCCUCAGAGCAUGAAAUUGCUCCCACUUUAUAUUAACUGCAUUCUCAAGAAUGAUGCAGUUUCCGGAUCUGACAUGACUGUCGAUGACCGGUCAUUUCUAAUGCAAGUAGUUACAGUAAUGGAUAUCCCAUCAUCUGCUGGGUUCUUUUACCCACGACUUAUCCCACUUCAAGAUAUCAACGUUGAUUCUGAUGAACUGCCAUCUUUCAUCUGCUGCACGUCAGAUAAUAUUAGAGAUGAUGGUGUGUACUUGUUAGAGAUUUGGUGUAGUAGUCCCUAGUGGUGUCUACACUUCAGGCUGUCUGUCUCACAUUUCUAUGCAUUUCCCAAGGCUUCAUUCAGUGGUUUUCUCUGGCCUGUGGAAAUUUACAACAAAAAGUGAAAAUCAUACAGCCCACGGAGUUGCACCCAUAGCCGCUGCACUAGCGAUGCAAAUGUUAACCUAAGCACAUGCUCAAAA